UCGCCAUUUUUGGCCGCCCCACCAGCGAGCUUUUCCCCGAGCUUUGCACGUAACUCGGGCCUUCCGUCCGACACUCGUCGCGCGUCGCUCUACUCGCGAGGGUAGCAAAUUUAUUAGUUUCGUGGAGAAAGGAGAGACAAAAAAGCCGCCACCAUGGACGCGAUCAAGAAGAAGAUGCAAGCGAUGAAGCUUGAGAAGGACAAUGCCAUGGACAAAGCCGAUGUCUGCGAGGGACAGGCUAAGGAGGCCAACAUGCGCGCGGACAAGGUUCUGGAGGAGGUAGCCGAUCUCCAGAAGAAGCUCAGCCAAGUUGAGAACGACCUCACGACGAACAAGGGGGCCCUCGAGCAGGCCAACAAGGACCUCGAGGAGCGCGAGAAGUCCCUCACCAAUGCGGAGUCCGAGGUGGCCGCUUUGAACAGGAAAGUCCAGCUGAUCGAGGAGGACCUUGAGCGCUCGGAAGAGCGCUUGAACACCGCCACCGCCAAGUUGACGGAGGCCUCGCAGGCCGCUGACGAGUCCAGCCGUAUGUGCAAAGUACUGGAGAACCGUGCCCAGCAGGACGAAGAGCGAAUGGACCAGCUGACGAAUCAACUCAAGGAGGCACGUCUCCUCGCUGAAGAUGCUGAUGGCAAAUCUGACGAAGUUUCACGUAAACUCGCCUUCGUUGAGGACGAGCUCGAGGUCGCUGAGGAUCGCGUCAAGUCCGGAGAGGCCAAAAUCAUGGAGUUGGAAGAGGAACUCAAAGUCGUCGGCAACAGCUUGAAAUCCCUGGAGGUCUCAGAAGAAAAGGCCAACCAAAGAGUCGAGGAAUUCAAACGCCAGCUGAAGACCCUGACCGUCAAGCUGAAGGAGGCCGAGGCGCGCGCUGAAUUCGCGGAGAAGACAGUCAAGAAGCUCCAGAAGGAGGUCGACAGGCUCGAAGACGAGCUUGGCAUCAACAAGGACAGAUACAAGUCCCUCGCCGACGAGAUGGACUCGACCUUCGCUGAGUUGGCCGGAUACUAAUGAAAUCCCCGCGACAAUUGUCAUCUUUUUCGCACCAAAAGAGAAGAACGAAAAAUCCGAGAGACACAAAAAGGUGUUCCAAUCGUACCUCCAAUUACCACCGAAACUUGUAAGCCUGUCUCGAUGAUUUCGCCCCCGUCAAGUGUCAUUCAUCACCGCAAUGCAGGAUGUAGCACUUGGCAGGAACAACACUUGAGUGGGCGUGAAUUUUUCAAUUUAAGCCAAAUACAUCUACAAACUAAAUUCGUCAUUAAUUUAUUGAAGAAUUAUUUCUCCUGUAUCUAGUCCUCAUGCGAUCGAUUAAUUACCAAGUCCCACACUGUGCACGUCAUACAGAAUAUAUAUUUUAUGAUAAUAAUGUCUUAUUAUUAAAAUUGUACGAGAAUGUUAUAUGGAGUUUAAUAAAGAUCGAUGUAAGUGUUUUAA